AUGCACAGCCUUGCCUUGCGCGACCGCCUGUUUGCGCCGAGUUGGUCAAUCAGCUCUCUCCCCCAAUGGCAUCAAUCUGCCGAGGCGGCCAGCGCCGGGUCGACGUCAAAAGUGCGUGUCACGUCACGUCGCGUCACGGCGCAGGGCAACGUCGUUGCUGUGCCUAAAGGGCCACAAAGCAAGCACAGAUGGUGGACGACGUGCUACAAGGCCGCAGAGCAGCGCAAACAGGUUCAGGACACACAGAUUGGGGGAAGCAAUUUGGAGUUGCAUGGCAAUGCUGCAGGGCAGAGUCAAGCGAGAAUCUCGGCUCCUGAGCCGCGCCACGAAACAGCCAUUGCCCCCAUGGCCGAUUGCCUGCCCAGCUCUUGUCGCGCUCGUUCGCGGUGUGGAGACGGGGCAAGUUUGAUGGGUGGUUCGUGGAGCCCAGCUCAGCUCGUCACGUCACGUCACUUUAGUGAGGUGAGUGACGGGAGUGCGCUGUUCCACUGCGUGGGCGCUAACGGCACCGCCACAGGGGGUCGCUGCUCGCUGGCCCGACCACUGACGACGCCGCCAGCAGACGCGACCACCUCCCAAGCCCAGUCGCGUGCCUGGCGGACGCCAGCUUGGCCCGCUGGCAGCAGCGCUGGCAGCUGGUUGGAUCCCCACCUGAACGCUAAAGCUGCUGUGCCUGCUGCCCUGGCGCCACGACCUACCGACCGACAGACACCUCGCCUUGCCUUGGGCCUCGCUUCAUCCACCCGCCCGCCCGUCGACCUCACCCGCGAGACACUCAACCAGCAUUCCAGUCCAUCAUCCAUUUCACGGCCGACGUCACGAAACACAUCACCGCUUCUCCUCGUCUUCGUGGUGGGGCUCAGCUUGCAUCUGCCCGGCCUCGACUCCCGUCCGCUCCGCACCGUAAUCGCCGUCCACCACGCCGCCGCCGCCGCCGCCGCCAUCGUCCGCCCACGCUCCACCACCCACUCGUCACGUCGUUUCCCCCUCGAUGCGUCAGCACAGCUGAAGCCCGCACCGCACCACACCGUACCGCAAACCCCCCCGCGACACGCUCCUCCUCGCCUGCUCCCCCGACACGCGCACCACAGACACCGAGGCUCUGGCCUCGCCGUGCUUCAAUCUGGACCUCCCGACCGAGCCCGCGGCCCCUCCUCCCGAGCAGCUCCACGACCCCGCCGCAGUCGACGCCAUGGACGCAGAUCAACAGCAGCUUCCACCGCUGCCGCAGCAGCAGCAGCCCGAGCAGCUGCCGGCCGACCAGGACCAGCUCCCGCCGCCCGCCCCGUCACAGGACGUGCCCGACGACACCCUGGGCGGCCUCGACGGCUCGCCGCAUCCACAGACGGCCCCGGGCUUCCCCUUCCACCACCAGAGCCAGUCCCUCGACCAGGGCGUGCCCAGCAGCCCGCGGCAACACGACGAUGA